AUGACGGACACAGACAUGCUUGACACUGCCAUGAUUAGCUGUUUACAAAUGCCAAGUAAUGAUAAACCCUUUCGAUUUCUUGGAGUUCAGUGGCUUGUACGUGGGGAACCUUCUCGAGUCAAGACAAGCUCUCGACACCAUCGCGAGUUCGUUCUUUUGGUGGCUUCUGGUGUUGUGCAGCACAGAGUUUCAGCAACAAAGAUCCAGGAGAUAGGUUAUCAUCUUUAUCAGUCGGUUGAGUUGGAAGAAUGUUUGAAAGACUCCAGUAGCGGCAUAACUCGAGGUUGGAUCUCGACUUGUACGCUGUUUGUACCAACCCGAGAGAACACUUGUAGAAUCGACGUUUUUUCUCGGGGAUUCGCAGACUUCAAAGGCAAGAUGCAGGACUAUCAAGCCACUAAUAUGAUGACCACAUUGAUGCUGGCUGGUAUCACAGAGGCAACAACAUGCGGUCAAAACAAAAAACUAAGCUGGCUGCUUAACUUCCCAAAUGCUGCGCAAGACUUUCGUCAAAGACAUCUAGAUUCUAAGCGUUCCUUGAAACGCUGUGGAAUUUGCGAUCGCAAAUUUAAUGUUCUGACCAGCGUGGCGUCGUGCGAUCUGUGUCUCAUUAAUGUCUGUUCACGGUGUCGUGUCAGUCAUGACCUCGGUAUGAUCAGACGCAAUUAUUCAUCACAUAGCAUCACUCAAAGCAAGAUCGGAAGCGAAAACCAAUAUGUUAAUGGUCAAGUUCAGUGUCUACCGGCCACAUUAUGUAAGAACUGCAAGAUGAACGCUAGUCAUAUGGAUGCUCGUAACAUGGCGCGUCGGGACGUAGAAGCGGGAUAUAGUCUGAAUGAAACAAUGUCGACUAAAGAAGAAAGUAUUUUGACCAUGGAUCAACGGACUAAGCCAACGUCAUCAUCGUCCAAAGCUGAAAAUAUCGAUUUCGGAAAAUAUAUUGGGACUCUGGGUACCACCGAUAACGUAAAUGUUCGAAGAUGUGAUCGAUUCGUAGAGCUUGGAGCAACCGGUACUAAUGUUUCAAGAAGCUGUUCGGCAGUACAGCUCAUUGACACUGUGAAACCUGAAGCGAUGGCAUGUAGGAUAGAAAAGAGUUCGACAACUAUUUUGGAAACAUCAAACGGUUUCGAUCUCGAGUCAUCCUUUGCCUCGACAAUUCCAUCUCAACAAGAUCGGGACAGCAAUUUCGAUGAGUCGUGUUUUGAAGUGACUACGUAUCGAUCUCGACUACAACAUCAACCACAGUAUGCAAGUGAAGAUCCAGUGUAUGUGGAUUGCUCCCAAGCAGAUUUGAUUCGGAGAAUGCAACAAUUGCAGAUGAAAUCAGAAUCUGUGUACCAGUUUACGAGUCAAAUGAACGCUAAUACGCAAUAUCGAUAUCAACAAGCUAUGCCUUUUGAUUGCAGGUCUUCUUCCAUCUCGGAGCUUGAUUAG